AUAUUGUGAAUGAGAAGCAGAAGCAAGAUAAAAUUCCACAAAAAGACAAAGGAAGGGAAAAAGGGAGUAUUAAAUAAAAGGGGAAAAAUACACUUCUGGUGUGAUUAGCUCUACUGUUUAACACUAGGCACAAAGACGAACCAGAAAUCAAUAAACCGGGAAGCGUUUUCUUACGUAUUCAGUUUAUCGUAAAUCUAUAGUAAUUCAUUUAGGGUUUCAGUUUCAACAACACACAACACCGAUUUGGUAAUAGCAAUGGCGGCCUCUAAGGCAGCCGAUUCUUACAUUGGGAGUCUAAUUUGUUUGAUUACAAAGUCUGAUAUUCGUUAUGAAGGUUUUCUAUUCCAUCUUGAUGCUCAUGAAUCCACCAUCGGUCUUCGUAACGUGAAAUCUUAUGGGACAGAAGGACGAAAGAAGGAUGGACCUCAGAUAUCUCCCAGUGACAAAAUUUAUGAGUACAUUUUCUUCCGAGGUAGUGACAUAAAGGAUCUGCAGGUUAUAUCUUCACCACCCCCUCAAAGUACUUCAGUUGUUCCUGAUGAUCCUGCCAUAAUACAGACUCAUUUCCCUAACCCAACACCAUCAACCAUGGGCAUGGCAUCUCCGGGUGCUGCACAAGUAGCAGAUGUUAGUACCAGUGCACCAUCCAUGCUCCCUGUUGCACCUUUCCAAGUGAAUCUGCCCCCCAAUCCUUUGCCACCAAGUUCUAGCCUUUGGGGCUCGUCACUUCCUCCUCCACCUGUAAAUAUCAAUGGGACUGCUGUGCCUAAUUAUUGGCCAGGAUUAGUUGGGUCCUCAGGAGGAGUUUCUCAUUUUCAACAGCAACGUUUUCCUCCGCCACCACAGAGUUUGGUUGCAUCCCUUCCCAUUCAGCAGCAAGUGCAACACCAAAAUGUGAAUGCAUUAGCCGGAGGAUCUAGUUUAGCUGCACAACGUCACCCAUUGCUACUGCCUAUUAGUAAUGCUUCCCCAAAUUUAUUUCCUGCCGCGCCAUCUCCAUCUGGGCAAUCCAAUCCUGGGCAGCCUGCUAAACCGGUUUUUAAUUUGUCAUCUAUUCCAAUACCAAAUAAUGCAUCCCGUGCUCUUCCAACUGUAGCAGUGGAUUCUUGCCCCAGAACAGUGUCUUCUCUGGAAGCAGAACUUAAUGCCAAUGCUAUUCUGGCUGCAGUAUCGGAAGAACCAAAUUCCGUCAUUGGCACUUCAGAUUCUUUCCCAACAACCUCGCAAACUGUGUCAUCUAUUGUAGACACAAAAGGUGCAUCUCUCAGCAAUCUGUCUAGACUAUCCCUCUUGACACCGGAGGUACAGUCAGGAAUGAAGGAUUCGUCAUCAUCUCGGUCAAUGCAAACUCCAAACUUUGAUGUACACACUGUUCAAGCAACAGUAUCAGAACCACUGCCAUCGGCGAGUACUGAAGAAACCCUGAAGUCAUUACCAAAAUCGACAACUAAAACAUUACAUGGAUCUACGUCAUCUCAUCACAAUAGAAGUCACUUUGCUCGGGGAAGAGAUGGGGCAUAUCGAGACACAUUAUCCGCUCAUCACAAUAGUAGAGGCCCCACACACAGAGGAAAUAUGCCAAAUGGAGGUGCUGUAUAUACACAUCAAAGUUACAGGAAACAUGCAUCAGGAAGAGGAAAUGGGCUUAUUGGAGCUGCUCCACAUUCUCGUCAGAGUAAUAUGGGCAUGGGCAGAGAAAAUGUGCCAAAUGGAGUUCCUCAACGUAAUCAUCGCAAUAUAGGGAGUCAAUUUCGGGGACGUGGAGCUAAGAAUCCCCAUGUGGUUAAAAGAUUCUCCGAGGAUUUUGAUUUUGAGGCAAUGAAUGAAAAAUUCAAUAAGAAAGAGGUGUGGGAAUUUCUAGGCAGAAGUAACAAAGCUGAAUCAGUUGAUGGAAUCGGGGAUGAGAAAGAGAUGGAUGACAGUGAUCCAGAGGAUGAAACUGGGGAUGGAAGUGCAAAACAUGAUUACAAGCCUGUUUAUUGUAAGGACGACUUCUUUGAUUCUCUUUCUUGUCAUACACUUGAUCGUGAAUCUGGAAAAGUGAAGUUCUCUGAACAAAGGAAAAAAGACGUUGAGACAUUUGGUGAGAUUCAGAAAAACCAACGGGGUCGUGGUCAGGGAGCUCGCAUGUCAGGGGCAUCUCAACGCUCAUAUCGUGGAAGAGGAUAUGACAAUGCACGUGGUGGCCGAGGCCAAGGAAGAACCGUUUGGGGUCGUGUCACUUAAAUAAGAGCUUCUAUGUGUACCUGUGAAUGGUGUUCAGGAAGUGGACGUCACCCGGCGUUAUCUAGUUGUAGUAAACUUCUAGUCAGGUUUAACUUGACAUUAUUGUUAGUAUAAUAAAUAAAUAACAGAAGGGUAGAGUGUGCUGCUGUACACCGAGGGUCAGAACUUCUUAAAGAUGAGCUAUGGUAAGACUUGGGAGUCCGGCGAUUGUAGGAGUAUGUAAUCAGUCACAGGGUUACCUGAUACACAACCAGCUUUCAUCUACUAGGAGAAACAAGUUGCAAGACUAGCUGUUUUGAAUAAAAUCUUUCAUGAACUUUGUGAAUAACGAAGCAUUGACAUGAAAACUUUUUACAGUAUCGUGCUUUUGGGAGUUUUUAAAAAUUGAUAGUGUGGUAAGCUAGAGUCAACCUGCAGUAGGACUGUAUAGUCAGCAACUACGGUGCUGGAUACGUUUGGAACAUUUCCAGAAACUGAGAAUUGUUUGUGCAGGUUACAACUUACGAACAAUUGAGGUAUAUUUGGUGAUGAGCUUGGCGCAAUGGAGGGUAAAAGCAGGUGACACUUUUGCAAUUUUAUCACAGGUUGGACUGUUCUUAUGGGGAGUGCUGAUGUAACCUAAGUCUGUAAGUUGGGCUAUUGGACCAAUGGAAUCAAGGUGCUUAAUAUCUGGUGCUAAAUUUUUUAACUAUGUUGGUUCGUUUAUGUUGUAGUAAGUAAAGAACCAGUAUUUUCUUUGUUACGGUGCUUCCAAAAACUAUCAAGUGCAGAAUGAUGCUAAAAGCUGCCGAGGCUCCUAAUUUGGGACGGUCGUGUCAAUGGUAGUAUACUAGUAUAGUAUGUUAGCGCAGCCCUUAAUUUAUCUAUAUUUCCCAGCUCUUACAGAAAGUAAUAGGGAAUAUCAUACUGCUGUAUGAUUCCCUUGAAGUUACUCAUAUAUUGACAUUCUGUUCAGACAUCUAGACUUGCCUCUUGAUUCCAUCUUGUCAACUUAGAGAACCCAUCCCCAUUGCGAAAAUUGGUUAUAUUUCUUCUAGACUGGUGGCUUCUAUUAGCUUCUCCUUCCAUAGAGCAAAAAGAAGUCACAUCCUCCUUUUGGGAUAAGAGUCUACUCCCUCCGUGUCAAAUUAUUUGUCGCUUUUUUGUUUUACACGCCCUUUAAGAAAUAUUAGUUAGGAGUAUUUGACUUAUUUUACCCUUGUUUAAAUGUAAGUUAUAAUCUCUCUCUAUUAAUUAUUUACUCUAUUCAUGUGU